GGAAAAUAAAGCAGGGGCUACGGGUUUUAUUACUAGCCGUGAAAACCGAAAACCGUAUGGCAUAGCUUUUGGAGUGCAAGAAAGCGUCUACUGUUCAAGAUCUAAUAUGUCUGCGCCCAUGAGUGUCUGGACCAGUACGAAUCUAUGCCAUACCAGUAACAGAAGUGCCACAUUCUGAACACACUGCAGAGAUCCCUGAAACUUUGAGCGAUAGCAGAUAUUAGAGAAGUCAAAUUCAGCCAUUUUGUACUAUACCUUGUUGUUAUUUAACGUGUUUGGCGUGAUGGAUCAAGAAGCUGGAGCCGGCUCAAACUCGGGCUUUCAACCCAAAGAGGAGAUCGUAAACACACUCUUAAGUCUUGGGUUCUCAAGAAAUGCCGCUAUAAAGGGAUGCUAUUAUACUGGUAACUACAAUGCUGAUCUGGCUGCAGCGUGGGUGAUAGAAAACCAAGACAAAAACUUAGAUGGUCCACUGGAGGACGACCUUGAAUUUGAAGAUGAAGAAGAAGACAGUGAAGGUGAUCUGCCAGAAGGUUUUGACUUACAUAAGAUGGUGUUUGUUGUCAAUAUGGAACUGAACAUGGGUGUUGGUAAAGUAGCAGCACAGUGUGCACAUGCUGCUCUCGCCCUCCAUAGACUUAUGAUUGAUAACACAGACAAGUUCGGUGAAAUGAUGUUGAGCUGGGAACAAUUUGGUGAGACCAAAAUUGUUUUAAAAGGAGACAAUUCAGCACAGUUGUUAGAGUUGGCACAGAAGGCAGAAAGUGCUGGUUUACCCAAUUAUAUUGUACAUGAUGCAGGCAGAACACAGAUUGCUGCUGGAUCACAGACAGUACUUGGUAUUAUUGGUAAAAUUGAUGUGGUGGACUCUAUAACAGGCAAAUUGAAGCUGUUGUGAUAUCAUGAGAUCAUAUUGUCAUGAGGAUAACUUCAUUGGGAAAUGUGCAUGAGUAUCACAUGUAUGGGAGAAUGUGCUUCCGGUGUUACACAGUACAACAAAGGCUGGAAACAAGUCACCGUAGAAAAAUAUCAACAAUGAAUGAAUUUAUGAAUGGACAAUAUCAUGCAGACUCAGUCUCAUUUAUUUAUAAUUCGACAUUGUUAUCAUUAGUCAUCUGUAAAUAGCUCAAUGGAGUGUUUCAUGUACUUGUUUUAAAAUACGGCAAAUCUACAUUCUGUUGUUGAUUUGUUUUAAAACUUUAGAUGUGAAGCUUUGCAGAGGGAAUGAAAUUAAGAUGUUGUGGAACAGUUUUACCGGUAUAUUAAAUUAAUUUAAAUUUUUUCAUGUUUUAUUUCAAGAAAUUUAAUUUUUCAUAUUGUCUUGAGAAAAUUGUGAUGUUAUCAUUAUGCUUGAAUAUUUAAGUCUUGUAUAUAAUUUUAUUGAAAAUAAAAUGAUAGGAUUCAUUA